UAAUUCAUUGUUUGUUGCCUUUCAACCAUGGCUGUCAUUGAUGGCUAUGCCAUGGAAUUCCUUGUAUACCUCAUCACCACACUAGUGCUUACAUCCAUAUCCAUCUACUUGUUCAGGACAAGAAACAAACACAAAGUUCGUCUUCCACCAGGCCCAUUAGCUUUACCUAUCAUCGGACACCUACAUCUCAUGAGUUCAAUCCCUCACCAAAGUUUCCAAAAGCUCUCCAACCGCUAUGGUCCUUUGAUUCAUAUUCUCCUCGGCUCCGUCCCUUGUAUAAUAGUCUCCUCCCCUGAGGUAGCAAAAGAAGUGCUCAAAUCCCAGGAGCUUGACUUCACUUCUCGACCCAUGUCUCUUGCUGUAAACUACUUGACGUAUGACAGUGCCGACUUCAUCUUUGCUCCAUAUGGACCCUACUGGAGAUUCAUGAAAAAGCUAUGCAUGACGGAGCUCCUAAAUGGACAGAUUCUCAACCAAUUCGUUCCAAUGAGAAAGGAAGAGCUAAGGCGCUUCUUAAAAUCUAUAUUCAACAUGUCCCUCCUUGGUAAGGCCAUCAAUGUUCGCCAACAAGUCAUGAGACUAACAAAUAAUACAAUUACAAGAAUGAUGAUGAACACCAGAUGCUCUGAAACAGAAGAUCAGGCUGAGCAAGUUAUAAUGGUGGCGCAAGAAGCAACAGAGCUUGCCGGUACGUUUAACUUGUCGGAUUACAUUGGCAUUUGCAGGCAUCUGGAUUUACAAGGUUUUGGACGGAGGAUGAAAGACACACGUCGGAGGUUCGACAAUAUCAUAGACAAGAUCAUCAUGGAGCAUGAGGAGGCUCGGAGCCAGAAGAAGAAGAUGGGUAGUACUAGUGAUGGAGGUAAUAAUCAUGGCGUAAAGACUCUACUUGAUUUAUUACUUGAUAUAUGUGAAGACGAGGAAGCUGAGGUUAGAUUAACCAAAAGCAACGUCAAGGCCUUCCUUCUGGACUUAUUUUUAGCGGGGACUGAUACAUCUGCAGUGACAAUUGAAUGGGCAAUGUCAGAGCUCAUAAACAACCCAUCCGUGUUAGAGAAAGCAAGAGAAGAGAUGGACUUGGUGGUUGGAAAGAGUAGAUUGGUGGAAGAAUCAGACAUCCCUAAUCUUCCUUACCUCCAAGCAAUUGUGAAGGAAACAUUGAGGCUGCACCCGGGUGCCCCAUUAGUUCUAAGAGCAUCGACUAGAGAUUGCAAACUCUUGGGCUAUGACAUUCCUGGAAAUGCCAGGACUUUAGUCAAUGUGUGGGCGAUUGGGAGAGACCCUAAGUACUGGGACAACCCACUCCAAUUUCAACCAGAACGAUUUAUGAUGAUUGAAGAUGGCAAAAACAAAUCAAGCCAAAUAGAUGUUAGGGGACAGCACUACCAAUUCCUGCCUUUUGGAAGCGGAAGGAGGAUAUGCCCUGGACUCACUCUUGGCUUACAAACGGUGCAAAUGGGUCUGGCAAGCAUGAUUCAGUGUUUCGAGUGGAAAGUUGGGGAUGGAAAGCAUGCAAAAGUAGACAUGGAAGAGAGCGCAUCUCUUACUCUCCCAAGAGCCCAUCAUUUGAUCUGUGUCCCUGUACCCCGCCUAAAUCCAUUACCAUUAACCUGAUUUAAUACCAUGUCUGCCGUCCAAAAAUUAAACAUCUAUAUCUAUAUAAUAAAACAAGGCAUCCCAUGUCAUGUCAUGUCAUGCCUCUCUACUCUC